CACAUUUUAAGAACCCUAAAAUCCCUAAUUCGCCGUUAAUCGUCACUCUCUUAUCAAAACUUCAUCUCCUCCGGCGUUUCUCCGUCACAGAUUUGCAGAUAUGGAUUCGUCUUCGACAUCGAAUUUUUCUCCAGGAACUUCGUUGUUGAAGCGGAACUCUAAUGAUGUUGGAUGGGAAUAUGGAAUUUUGUAUGACUCGAAAAAUCCAGAUAGAGUUAAAUGCAAGUUGUGUAGGAAAGAAAUGGGAGGAGGUGUGUAUAGGAUUAAGGAACAUAUUGCUCACCGUAAGGGGAAUGUUUCUUCGUGUCCACGGUCUACGAAAGAAGAUCAGUUUAAAUGUAUGAAAGCGAUCUUGGAAGCGAAGAACAAGAAGAGGAAAAUGAAAAGAGAAGUGGAUGUGUUUAGUUUGGAGGUUGAUGAGCUGAAUAGAGAGGAUGAUUUGGAUGAAGAUCCAAUGGAUAAGUUCGUGAUGGCCGUUACUACCGAGGAUUCUUUAGGUGGCGAAACAGGACAAGAAAACGCGAAUGAUGUGGUUUCUGAGGAGAGAAUGCGUUCAGUGCAUCAGUCUUGUGCUAGAUGGAUAUAUCAGUCUGGUAUUCCUUUUAAUGUCAUUGAGAGCGAUUCUUUUAGGUCGUUUUGUGAAGCUUUAGGACGAUUUGGACCUGGUUGGGUUCCUCCGAGCCAGUGUGAACUGAGGGAAACAUUGUUGGAGGAAGAAGAAGAAAUAAUUAAGGAAAAACUGAAGAGUCUAGAGUUAGAAUGGGAACAGAAUGGUUGCUCUGUUUUAAUAGAUAGAUGGAGCGACACAAAGAAGAAUAUAAUGAAUUUGUGUGUCAAUUCAAGAGGAGGGACAUGUUUUGUUUCUUCGAAAGAGGUCUCAAAAGAACCUCAGACUGGUAAAUUUAUCUUUGAGUACGUUGAUAAAUGCAUAGAGGAUGUUGGUGCUGAGAAGGUCGUUCAGGUAAUAACUGACAGUGCGGAGAACAACUUAGCAGCAGCAAAGAUGUUGAAAGAGAAGAGACCAGGUGUCUUUUGGUCAUCAUGCGCUGCUCACACGGUUAACUUGAUGCUUGAAGACAUUGUCAAGCUGCCAAAGAUUUCAAAAUACAUUGAUAAAGCUAAGGCUGUGAUUACGUUCAUAUAUGGUCAUGAAAAGACCUUAGCUAUGAUGAGAUGUCAUACAAAGGAAAGGGAUAUUGUAAGAGCUGGAAUCACAAGAUUUGCAACAACCUUCUUGACCUUGCAAAGAUUGUUGGAGAAGAAAGAGCAAUUAAGGUUUAUGUUUGUUAGUGAUGAAUGGGAGAGAUGCAAAGAUUCCAAUUAUGUUUUGGAGCCUUUGGUCAAAGUUCUUAGGAUGGUCGAUGGAGAGAAAAGACCUUCAAUGGGGUUUAUUUAUGGAGAAUUAGUAGAAGCCAAAAGAUCUAUCAAAGCUGCUACUAAUAACUUGGAAAGGUACUACCAACCUAUCUUAGAUAUCAUUGAUGAGAAAAUUAAAGGUAGGUUGGAUUCUCCAUUACAUUUGACCGCCUACUUGUUGAACCCAUUUUACUUCUUUAACGAACCAACCAUUCAACUGGAUGGGACACUCAUGACUGGCUUUCUCAAUUGUGUUGAGACUUUUUACCAUGGUGAGAUCGAGAAACAAGAUAAAGCUGUCGACGAGUUUAGAAUUUAUCAGGAUAAAGAUGGAUUUUUUGGAACACCUUAUGCAUUAAGAGGAUGUGAACAGAAUACCGACGAGUUUGAUCCAGUGGUCAUAGCUUCACGAGACGCUGCGAGAGAAGUGCUAAAAACACACGACCAAAUCUUGUCUGGACGGUACAUAAGUGAAGCGACCAAAUCCAACAGUCAUCAUGAAUUUUCCGUUGGUUGGCUUCAUCCCUCGUCACCUCGUUUCAGAAUGUUGAGGAAACUAUCGGCUACUCAGCUGUUCUCACCGCAGUGUAUCGACGCUACCAAAGCUCUGAGGAUGAAGAAAGUGCAAGAACUUGUCAACUUCCUAAGUGAAAGCACUACGAUUCGAAAACAUUCCAGUAGUGCGUUUCAGAAGAUGGUGAUUGGUUACCAAGAAUCAAUCGGAAACCCAGACCUUGCUAACUUCUUCCCAUUUCUGAGGUUUCUUGACUUGCAAGGUAAUAGUAAGAAGAUGAAGGAGUCCUCCGGGAGAAUUUUACAGGUAUUUAGAGGGUUUUAUGAUGCUCGGAUUGUGGAGAACUCAUCGCGUAUAGAUGAGAAAGAUGUUUCGAGCAGAGACUUCCUCGAUUUGCUUAUCCAUCUCCAACAAGGAGAUGAAUGUGAAAUCAACAUUGAUGAGAUCGAACACCUACUUCUCGGGAGUCAAUCCCUCGUGUUUCUUUUGUCAAGCUCCGAUGGAGACACGGGAGCAUCUUUUCUUUCUCUGUCCCCUCUCUUCACGGAUCUGGGAGGUUCUGGCUCGUCGUUUACUUCAUACACGUUUUACAUGCAGCUUCACGGAGAUCCUCGGCCUAUUGUCUGAUUCCUCAAUCAAAGGUACCCUUGGUU